AUGCGUUUCGUCGCCACCAGCUUCACUUUAGCUACCUUGCUCCUCUCUGUGAGCGCUCGUCCCGUCGAAGCCGACGAGAAGAAGCAGGCCGACGGAGACUCGGGCGUCGCCAGCUACCCCAGCUACGAGCCGUAUGACAAGUACACCGACUACAAGGAUUAUGGCUACUCCCCCUACAAGACCUAUAACCCUUACAAGCGGGACGCGAAGCCAGAGGAUGGAGAAGAGAGCCCCUAUGGAGAGUACGCCGACUACAAGGACUAUGGCUAUUCUCCAUACAAGACCUACAACCCUUACAAGCGGGACGCGAAGCCAGAGGAUGGUGAAGAGAACCCCUAUGGAGAGUACGCCGACUACAAGGACUAUGGCUAUACUCCCUAUGAAACCUACAACCCCUACAAGCGGGAUGUGGAGCACCAGGAGGGAGAAGCAAACCCCUAUGGCAAAUAUAAGACCUACAACCCCUACAAGCGGGACGUGAACCACCAGGCCAGAGACCGGGACGAGGGACGCUACAACCCUUACGAAACCUACAACCCCUACAAAAGGGACACAGAGUCGGAGGAGGGAGAAGCGAAUCCCUACGGACACUACGCCCCCUACAAGGGCUACGGCUCCUACAAGCGCGACGCAGACUCGGAGGAGGGAGAAGCCAACCCUUACGGACACUACGCCCCCUACAAGGGCUACGGCUCCUACAAGCGCGACGCCAAUAAGGAGAAUGUCGAAGCCGAAGCUGCCUCGUACGAGCCUUACUCCUCUUACGAGCCCUACCAGAACUACGAUCAUUACCCCGAAGAGAGUGCUUAA